UCUGUGUGCCAAUCUCGGGCCCCAUUCAGUUUCAUCUGAGACUUUUGGCGCAGCGGUCGAUACACAGAGGGAGAGAGAGAAGAGAGAGCUCCGUUGAACAGGGCCCCAAGAAUACGAGAAACUCAAGCAAAAACCCCGUGGAUGAACACCAAAGAAAAUCGAAAUUGAAUAUUUUUGUGGACAAAAAAUAUCUAUAAACAAUAGAAGUAAUAGAGAAAGUGGAACGAACUCGAGUGUGUUGUUGCUUAGUGUUGUGCUGCUGCCAGAAGCAAAAAGGAACUUGAGUGGAGUGUAAUGCGGUGUUGAGGAGGCUCUGGGCUCUGCAUUUUGCCGUCGCUAAUUGUACAUACGGUCCCGUACGCAGUGCAGCUGACAGGCGACCAUCAAAAAAUCUGCCCAGAAGGAGAGAGCCCUCCUUCAGUCCGCCCCCAAAUUCUAAUCCCGGGAAAUUGUUGGCCUGCCAAGCCUCAAGCUGGGCGAUUACCGCAAAAUGACACGUGUCAGGCGCAUUGUGCGCUUGGCCUAAAAGUACGCUGCAUCAUUAGUGUCAGAACGAAGGACUCCUCCCAACAACAAAGACACCAACAGGGCCAAAAACAACAGCCGUCGACUGCAGCAGGAAAAUUGAAAAUGUAUGCUCAUUAGGAAGACUCAGGACCCAGAAGACAGAAGGCGGGUAGGAAAAACCAACGGCAAAAGCGCAUUACAAGGAUCCCCGAAACGACAAGUUCCUAAGUCAAACAGCGGCACCAACACCAACCAACAGUCAGUCAUAAUUACCCGGCAGCAGCACAAAGGGGAAGCAGAUGGGCCGAAGGACAGCUGGCAAAAGUCAAGGACAAGCUUGAAAGUAUUUCGCGAAAGCAUGAACCGAGAGCGGCAGGCCUUAGAAAGUGACUUCUGGUAUUCCGCCAACAAACUGAAUAAGAUGCCAGCCUCCUCAGCGAGCUGAUGCGCCAAUAAAUUCUGAAAAUAAGACAAAUUAACAGAGAGCUCGCUGGCGAAUUAUCGCCAAGGAAAUUGAUAGAUUCGAUUAGCAAUCCAAAAAGCAUAAAGUAAACGAAACACAUCGACAGAGAGGAGGAGAGCGAGAACGACAUCGACGACGACGACGACAUCUCCAACAAAGACAACAACCGGAGGCUUCUUUAAUUUGUCAGACGUACCCGUACCCGGGCCCCCCGCCUUGACACACGACCACCACCGACGAAAACCGGCUGGAACGCCCUCUCGGAUUUCCGUAAAAUUCAUCGCUUUAAGCCAACAAACAGCGAGUCAUGCCUGAGCAGGAUAAUUACGAUGAUGAGUUGGUCUCCAGCAAUCCGAACCAGCGGAACUGGCGCGGCAUCCUCAUCGCCCUCCUGGUCAUCAUCAUUGUCCUCGCCCUGAUUGUUACUUCGGUGGUGCUGCUCACGCCCCCCGAUGAGGGACCGCGCGUCAAGGGGCAACGCAUCAAGCUGCAGGACAUAGUCGAUGGCCUCUACAUGCCGCAGCACGCCAACGGCAGCUGGAUCGAUGGCGAAGAGUUCCUCUAUCAGGACCAUUUGGGUCGCAUCUGUCUGCUGAAUGCAGCCAAUCGCUCGGAACAUGUCCUCAUGUCCAAUGUGACAUUUAAAACCCUGGCCCCCUUCACCUUCACCAUAUCGGCGGACAAGCGUUACCUUCUCUUGGCCCAAAAUGUUGUGAAAUUAUUCCGCCACUCGUAUCUGGCCCAAUACACGCUCUACGAUAUACAGACCAGCGAGAGCAUCAAGCUGCGUCACAGUCCACACCAGGAUGAAUGGCCAUAUCUACACUACGCCCGCUUCAGUCCCAGGGGCAAUGGAUUGGUCUGGGUGCAGAGCUACGAUAUAUACUAUAGGAAGGAGGCACGCGGCACCACGGCACAUCGCAUCACCCACGACGCAGUGCCCGGAGUGGUCUACAAUGGCAUUCCCGAUUGGCUGUACGAAGAGGAAAUCCUUCAUGCAAAUAAUGCGAUUUGGUUGUCCGACACUGGCCAACUGAUGCUCUACGCCACCUUCAACGACACGCACGUCCAAGAGCAGCACUUUGCCUGGUACGGUACGACGGGUCCAUCCGGUGGGGCUGCAUCAGCAGCAGCUGCAGCCGGAGGCGGAGCCGCAGGCACGCCCGGAGGAAGUGGUGGCUCGUCGUCGUCGGGAGGGGGGAGUAAUCCGUAUGCCAACCUCUACCCGGAAAUCAGAUCCUUACGCUAUCCAAAGCCAGGCACUCAAAAUCCCACAAUAACUUUACGGGUGGCCGACCUCAAGGAUCCAAAGAAGGUGCACAUCACGAACCUACGACCGCCGCAAAUUAUAGCAAACGAAGAUCAUUACUUUAGCAGCGCCAGCUGGGUAAGUGGCACAGAGAUCGCUGUGGUCUGGCUGAAUCGGCCCCAGAACAUAUCCGUGGUCAGUGUGUGCAAGAGUCCGUCGUUCGAGUGCAUUGAGACCCAUCGGGUGAGUGGCGAUGGACGCGGCUGGGUGGACACCGUCUCCGUGCCACUGUUUGCGGCCAAUGGGAGUAUCUAUGUGGCCAUCUCUCCAUUACGCGAUGGCCUGUUUGGCUAUUUCCGGCACAUCGUGCACGUGGACAUCGACAAUAACCGGGUGCUGCCCCUCACCCAUGGCCCCUACGAGGUGAAUCGAUUGUUACACUGGGACCAGCUGGAUAAUUGGAUCUACUUCCUGGGGACCCCGGAGCGUCUGCCCUCGCAGCAGCAUCUCUACCGCGUGUCCGCUCUGCCCGCCCGCCAGGGACAGGCAAUGCACUCGCCCGACUGCCUCACGUGUCCCGCCCUGAUGCAGCGCUCCGAUAGCUACGAGGAGGGUCACACCAAGUCGCCGCCGAAGCUGGUGACGGCCUGGGAUGACGACUGGGAGGAUUCCGAGGAGGUGGAGGCCCAGGCACCGCCACCGGCCAUGCCCCUGGAGCAGCAGGCGCGUCCCGGACGCGGACAGAGGCCACCGCUGCCACCGCCACCCAGCGAUUGUCUCUACCAUGAGGCACAGUUUCCCAUCACUCUGCAGGCGCGCUAUGUCCUUGUCGAGUGCCUGGGCCCCGUCGUUCCCACCUCCAUUAUCUAUGGCCUAAAGUCGACCAUCCCAUCGAGCCCCAAGGUCAACCGUCAGAGCACCCAACAAGAGGAACCCCCAACGGAGGGCGGAGAGGAGAAGGCAGACGUCGAACCCAAGUCCCAGUUUUUGGAGCUACUCGUCACGAUCCAGAAUAAUACGCGACUCAAGGAGAAAAUGGCCAAGACCGCCCUGCCGCAGAUGAAGACCUUCCCGGUAAUGAUCUCCGGCGGCUAUCAUGCCCAGGUGCGGCUCUACCUGCCGCCCGUGCUGCGCGAGGACGAAAUCACGCGAUAUCCCACCAUCCUGCAUGUGUAUUCGGGUCCGGGCACUCAGCUGGUCACCGAUCGCUGGCAUGUCGACUGGAACACCUAUUUGUCCGGCAGCAAGGAUUACAUUGUCGUCGAGAUCGAUGGACGCGGCUCCGCGGGUCAGGGCUACCAACUGCUCCACGAGGUCUACAAGCGUCUGGGCAGUGUCGAGGUCUCCGAUCAGCUUGAGGUCAGCGAGUAUCUGCGCGACAACCUGCACUUUAUCGAUUCCCGACGAAUGGGUGUCUGGGGCUGGAGCUACGGCGGCUAUACGGCUGCUCUGGCACUCGCCGGCCAACAGGAUAUCUUCCAGUGCGGGAUAAGUGUUUCACCGGUCACCAAUUGGAAGCUAUACGACUCUACCUAUGCCGAACGCUAUCUGAGUUUCCCCAAUGUCACGGACAACUACAAGGGCUACGAGGAGAGCGAUCUGUCCAAGUAUGUGGACAACCUGCGCGAUCGUCAGUUCCUGCUCGUCCAUGGCACAGCCGAUGACAAUGUUCAUGUCCAGCAAUCGAUGGUCCUGGCCCGAUCUCUGACCAGCAAAGGAGUGCUCUACAAGCAGCAGAUCUAUCCAGAUGAGGGCCACAGUUUGUCGGGAGUUAAGCGGCACCUUUAUCGCUCAAUGACCGCAUUUUUCGAGGACUGUUUCAAGAAGCUGAUCGAUCAGCAGCAACAAAAUCAAACAGAUUCCAUGGAUUUCCUGGACUUCCAUAGUUUCUAUGGGCGCUAAUUUUGAUUCCACAUCCCCCCAUCCUUCAGAUACGAUACUAGGUGCCGCCGGAGUCGAAGGCUGGCCUGGGCAAUGGCGGCGAUAUGCAGCAAUAAACAUAAUUUAGAGAUGGAAUAAUUCUGAUUGCAAAACUCAAAACGGAACGUGGGAACGAAAUGGUUUUUUUGUAAAUUGCAUUAAAUGUAAUUUAUCGUUUACGACACAAACCAAACACAGAGAUACCGAAACACACAGCCAGCAGGAGAACCCCAUUAACCACUAAGUUAAGUGGCAUUUUGUUGAAAAUUAAUAAGCAAAGAAGAACACUACUACGAAUGAUCAAGGAAACAAGUGUGUCCUGCGAAAAGGCAAAGCAAGUGUGCCCAGAGCCCUGAUAAAAAGCAGAACACGAAAAGGCCAAACCAGUGUGCCCAUAGCAGCGGAAACAAACCACGAAUGUUUAUGGCACGAGUAUGCGGAUAAAAGUAGCAAAAUCAACAUGGUUGUGAAAACAUAACUUACACACAGAGGCACAGACACAGAAACAGACACAGAUAAAAACAUGCACACGCACACACCUCCAAUCUACACCUAUACAAGCAUACACUGAGCGCAAAAGAGGGAGAGCGACCGCGGUGCGCACAAAGGUAGGCAAUAAAAAAAUUCGCAUGCGGCUUUUCUUCGGUGACAGGUGUGACAUUUUAAUGCCCUUGCAGAGGGUAUUACCACUUUGAGUGAAAUUUCAACAACUUAUAUUCAAACUAGAAUUAUGCGUGAUCCAUGUGUCCUUCAAACUUUAGGAAAAUACUGUCCCAAAAUUCAAAUGCUUUCUUUCACUCCCUCUGCAAGGGUAUAAAGCGCUUCGGUUAUCCGAAUCUGCCUUUCUUUAUUGUUGAUUUUUUAUUUUAUUUUGUUUGCUAUAACUUAUGCAGUUUUGCAUAAAUUUCCAAUGAAGAGAAAACAGAAAUAAAAUUGAAAACACACAUUUAUUGAAGAGGCAAACAAGAACCAGCUGAGGUUGAGGUGGGCGGCUUUCGGCCAGAACGGAAAUUGCCACCAUAAAUCAAAUUUGACAACGUUCUAAAUGGCAUUUUUUGGUGGUGAAACACACACAUUUUUAUCAUUUGCUAAAAUUGUUAAUGGCUGAUGCGGGCAGAGAGCACAGAGCCCAUAAAUUCUACAUAAAUUGAUGAAGUUUUGCUCAUAAUUGAAAAGUGAAAAAGAGAUUGAAAAUAAUUUAGAGUAACUUUAUUUCCGAUUAAAGAGUGCUUUCAUUUGCAUAGCUAUCUUUAAGACACUCUUUCUGUAAUAUGAAUGCUGUUAAUCGCACAUUCUAUGAUUGAAUUUUAUCAUAAAAUUUACUGCCACCAAAACACAAACGAAAUUAAACAGAAUAAUGUCCGAGAGAUAUGGUCGUUGUCCCAUCAGCUGGGGAAAACGAGAAAGAAAAUACGUUUGCAGUAAAGUUUAAUUAAAUCCAAUGGAAUAAAAACACAACACAGCAACACAGCCAUAAAUAAAAAGCAUAAAUAAUUGAAAUGAAACGGAAUGUUGGAACCAGAGACGCAGGCAGGCACGCAGGCAGCCCUGCAUGAAAAUAAUUUCGAAUAAAAACUGAAUUGAAUUCGCAGCAAGCAAACAGCAGAAAAACGCAAAAUGGCCAAAGUAAAAUUAAAUUAAAGAGGAGAAAAUAUACUAAGCGAUAAACUCCAACAACAACAACAAGAAAGAAUGAAAAUUAUAAAGAAAAUAAACAAAUUUAAUAGUUUAAAUGCAUGUAAGUAGCGCAACAAUAUUUCAAAUAUUUAAUAGACAAAUUGAAUCGUUUUUGUUAAUUAUUUUGUAUUGCCACAAGAACUUCAAUUUCGACUUUGAAGGCAUGGCAAAGUACAUUUCUAAAGGAGAAAGUAGUAGUGAAAGUAGAAUUAACCAAGAAACUAGUCCAUAAGCGAAGGUGAACUAACGAGUUAAAUGAAAAUGAGAAAAAAGGUCAAAAAUAGCUGCGAUACACAUUAAACAUUAAAAAGAAAAAGAAUGACAAAAUAAUGCUCGAAUUGUAUGCAAAACUGCGACUGUCACAGGCGCAGGAGCAGGCAACGUUGACAAAGGACAAAGGCACUGAGGCGCCAAAGACACUGCAUCGCACAGACAGACAGACAGACGGACAGUCCCAUUCCCAGUCCCAUUAAAAGCCCCAAUUAGCAAGGCAACACCAUUGGAAGAUUGGAGCAUCCCGCUACCAUACUUUCCCUUCUUUUCAAAUAUGGCAAUAUGCAGAAAGGGAUUAGCUUUAAUUAGAUUUCUGGCCCGGCACACUUUUUGCAAGCGGCAGUUAAUUAGCAAAACCGCCAGGCAAAUUCUGACUCGGUUGCGGCUCCUAAUUAUGAUGGUUGUGCUGGCAGUCGCCCAGAAACAGAAGCAGUGGCAGUGGCAGCAGUUGGAAAAUAUAUGGUUAUAGGAUAGCUCCGAUCGGGUUGUCUGGAGGCAGAAUGAAGGUAGAGAAGGUUUCAGAAGAACCAGAAAUAAGGGCACUCCCUCAGCAGAUCUCCAAGGCUUAGCCAUAGCUGAUUAAUGUUAAUAUUAUGGAUGCUUUUAGCAAAGAGUUUAUCUCAGAUAUGACAGGAUACAUAAAAGAGAUCUCAAAAUCUGGCAGGAAAGCCUUUAAAGCGUAUUGCUAUGAUAACCCUACUAAUUGUUAUAAGAUCCCCAGGCAACUAUGGGCGAAUCUAAAUCCGAAAAACUACAGCUUUUUAUGAGACAUAAAGCUCAAGUAGACUUAAACGAAUUGAAACCUAAUUACCAGGCAGUCUUUAAGUUUUAGCACCUUAACAACAUUUCAGCUCUUACCUACGAAAGAGUGCCAUACAAGUACAUCUCCUCGCUUCGCAGUGGCAAUCUCAAUGGCCUCAAAAUUUCUCCAACUUUCAGGGCAAUUUUAAUAAUAAAGCCACGCUUGCCGCAGAGCCCCCUAGCCUUAACCCCUACCUUCCGAGUGAGAGAGAGAUCCCUGAGGUAGGCCUCUAGGUGGGAUGUUAGAAAAUUGCAAGGCAACAUAAAUUUCUGACUGCCUGACACUUUUAUGUGCGUCGCUGGCGGUUUCUGCCGUUUUUACGCGUUUUUAGACGCUGGCAAAACGCAUGCCAAUGUUUGGCUAAGUCCGGGGGUGUACGUUUACCCGUCCACAAUUAACUCGCUGGCUGGCACACACACACGCAAACACGCAUACCUACAAAGGGAAAAGGAAAAGCACACACAGAUACUCGUACACCACCUGGUGUGGUGGUCGGUGACGGACGGGUCUGUGUGUGGGUUUCAGGUGUUUAUUUUUGGUCUGAAAGGUCGUCACAGCUGUGUUAGAUGUCGGAAAAGCUGAGUCUGCGGCUGUAAAAAGACCAGCUGCUGCUGCUCUCAUCUCGCUCUCGUCCCCUCGCCCCACACACAUACGCCCCGACCCCUGUUGACACACAAACACACACCCACCCACAAAAAAAUUAAAGGACGAAGGUGUUUUACCUCAAAUGGGGCCUAGGUCCGGCCCUCCAGAUGAAGCCAUAAGUGCGAUGCCGUGUCGGGGCGCCCAAUGCUAUGGAAAUUGAAAUUGCUCUAAGAAACAAAACGAUACCGAAUAUUUAAUUGCUUUCUAUGUAGUGUACUAAGGACCAAUUACCAAAGAAACAAGUGGGAAAAUUAAUAACUAUAUGAAGAUAGUGCAUAUAUACACAAGAAUAUGGAAUUCAAGUAGAGAUAUUAAUGAAAUUUGCAAUAUAUAUAUAUACAUACGACACACGACAUACGACAUAAUGAAUAUUGACUCAAAUACCAUUUAGUAACUAUACAAGCAUACAAUAUAAUAUACAUAUAUAUACACCUACUGAUAUUCUGAUAUAUACAAGAAUCAAAUAACUAUAUACGAGUAUACAGUAGUCUAGUUCGUUUAGUGGAUCAAGCGUUUGCAUUAUUCGAGUUAUAAAAAGAAACCUUGAAAACCAAAAAAAAUAAAAGAAACCACAAAAUAUAAUUAGCUCAAGUGGAAACUAGAGUGGCGGUGUGGUGGCUCUGUAUAAAAGGUAAACUGUAAUAUACGCCUAUGGAUAAACUAUGGAUACUAUACUUUGAUAUAUGAUAAAUAUAUUUUAUAAACAACUUUUACUCUUAAACAAUAAAAAAACACUUUUAAUACUCUGUCUUCAGCCUUACCGUAAACUGUAAUAAAAUGAAAAUUGAACAAACGAAGAAUAUAAGAAAUCCUUAGCCUAACUCAAGCCUAAACCAACGAAAUCGAUUUCAAAUUGUUAGUUAUGUUGUUUUAGUGUACAUAAGCUUUAAUGUGGUUAAAAUUCCAUUCGAAUACUUUGUUUCUAAUCCUUUUGUUAGAGAGCCUUUGAGCCAGAUUUAACCCUAGCAAAAAAAAACGAAAGCAAAAGCAAAAAAAACCUUUGUGAUCCAACAAGUUUCUUCUCUUCCAUGAAGCAAAACAAAAAACAAAAACAAAAACCAGAACAUACAAGUAUAAUAAUAUGAAUUUAAACUAAUUAUGUAAUUACAUUGACUUAAUUAGCUGAGACGUUCAAUAAUUUCGCCAGGCAUUUAGAAAACAAGAAAUUCGGAGGAAAAUCAUGAGAAAUGAGAGUACCGACAAAAUAAAUCAAAGCAUGAAAACCAAAAACUAAA